CGACGACAACGACGACAACGACGACGACGACGACGACGAAGACGGCAGCGGCAGCGGAUUUUUGAACACAGGCGUCAUGUGCAAACACAUUCUCAAUGCCCAGGUGGCCGUGCGAGCACCCUGCUGCAAAAAAUGGUAUGAUUGCCCCGAGUGCCACGACGAGUUUGAAUCCCACGAGUUGAAAAAGAGCUAUGAAAUGGUCUUUGCUUGCAAAAAGUGCAAAAAGGUCUUUCGCAAAGAUUCACGCGAGUUUGAAGAAUCAGACGAAUUUUGCCCGCAUUGCGACAAUCACUUCAUGAUCCCUGCCAAAACGCCUCAAUUGACUAUUGGCAUCGAGGGCGAAGACGGGUCACAUUUGUAUCGCACGACUCACGCCUUGCCUUGUCUAUUGCCGCAUAGCGACCACCGCAUGCUCCGCGAUGAGCGUGACCCUACCCGUGCCCGCCGCUACGACAACUCCAUCUUUGGUGCUGGCAGCAUAGGCACGGGUUUCAACUCAUAA